AUGAUCCGCUUCUAUAAACCCCUCAACGUAAUCACCCUCUUUCACAAGGCGAGCUCGCCGGCGUCCUUGCGGGUCUAUACUCUCCUCAAGCAAGCUUCUGCGAUUGCGGGCGAACAUGCUACCGAGGAUCAAGCCAGUGAUCACUCGCAUCAGACUCUUCCGCGCCGAGAGGAGUUCGAGCUCAAUAUCACCGAGGAUCCACCAACCCCAGAACAGCUUAAGAGCAUCCUCAAGUAUAUUGGAACGCAGAGAGCGAGUAGGAUUGUAAAGGGAGCAAAGAAUAAGGCAGACGCGAUGAAGAAACUCAAGGAAAACGCAGAGAACUUUCAGAAGCCAGUCACGGUGGACUGGAAGAACGGAAUGGCAGUGGUUGGAGAUGAUACAUCCGAGAUCUUGAAGAUGGUGGAAAAGAAGACGUAUAUGGCCGACUAA